AGUCAGUGGAGGACGGGAUUGGGAUUGCUUGGCCUUAGGAUGGGAAGGAGGCUCCUGAAUGAGGAGUGUGUCUGGUGUCUGGUGUGUAUGCCAUGGUGUGGGAGAGACAUGAAGGUGUAGGCUCUCUACAGUUUGAGGGAGCACAGUGAGAAGGGCUGUGUGGGAAGGCUGGCCAUGAGCUCCGGGUUAAGGAGAGCCUGACUGAUGGCAGGACAUGUCCGACGAAAUGCACAGGCUGUUGCAGACCAUCCCACAGAGUCUGGAAGAACCAUGGGGCUCAGGGCUGAGCUGGGCGGUUUCCAGAUUGGACUCUCGUUUCUCCUGCUACUGAUGUCAGGCGAGGGGCGCAAAGGAGCUUUCAAACAAAGUGUGGGGGUCUGCUCCAACCAGACCCUGGUGGUUCCACUCCGAUACAACGAGUCCUACAGUCAACCGGUAUACAAGCCCUACCUGACCCUGUGUGCUGGCAGGCGCGUAUGCAGCACCUACAGGACCACUUACCGCGUGGCCUGGCGGGAGGUGAGGCGGGAGGUUCAGCAGACACACGUGGUGUGCUGCCAGGGCUGGAAGAAGCCACAUCCAGGAGCUCUCACCUGUGAAGCCAUCUGCUCCAAGCCUUGUCUUAAUGGAGGUGUCUGCACUGGACCGGACCAGUGCGAAUGUGCCCCAGGCUGGGGAGGGAAACACUGCCACGUGGACGUCGAUGAAUGCAGGACCAGCUUCAACCUCUGUUCUCAUGGCUGUUUGAACACCCUGGGCAGCUUCACGUGUGGCUGUCCGCACCCCCUGGUUCUGAGUUCGGAUGGGCGCACCUGUGCAGCAGGGCCUCUGGAAUCUUCAACAAGUGCCAGCAUCCUCAGUGUGGAGGUACGGGAAGCGGAACGUGAGGAGCAAAACCUGAGGUGGGAGGUCGCAGAGUUGCGGGCGCGCCUGGAGCGGCUGGAGCAGUGGGCCACACGGGCUGGGGCCUGGGUCCGAGCCGUGUUGCCCAUGCCGCCCGAAGAACUGCAGCCAGAACAGGUGGCUGAGCUGUGGGGCCGGGGUGACAGGAUCGAGUCCCUCAGUGACCAGGUGCUGCUGCUUGAGGAAAAGCUGGGUGCCUGUGCCUGUGAGGACAACAGCCUGGGCCCAAACUUCCACGGCUGACAAGGAACUCCCGCAGCAGCCUGGAUCCCUAAUUUAUACAGAACCGGCCUUAUCUUGGAUUAGUAGAUGGGGGAUCGACCACCUGACCACAGAGGCGCAAAGAGCCACAGAAAGCCCCCAGAUCUCUCUUUCUCUUUAUUCUCAGUUGUUUGCUGUUAUCCCAUAAUAAAAACCAACCACACAAAA